AUGUCCGCUGAAAAAAUGAUUCAGCGCUGCCAGCUGAGCAGCGCCGCGAAUUUGUUUCUCAACUCUCACGAAGAAUAUGACAAUAAUGAAACACUUCCAUUGAAUCAUCCUACGGCUCCAUAUUACGAUGGUCACAAUUGGAAAUCGGCUGAGUCUGUUGCGAAGGAGCUCGAGCAUCAUAAACAAUCCGCGGUUGAUGAGUAUUUUCGCAUCAAGGAGCAGAUAGAAGACUCGUUUCAAAGAAUUGAACUUGGUUAUAAAAACGCAAAGAGGGUAGAUCAGAACUGCAAGGCAAAGAAUAUUGCACAAAGAGGCUCUGUCAGGGCUACCCAUUACCCCGCAUACUUGCAGACACCCUUCAUUUUGAAUCCCACUCCAAACCGCGUUUCCCCAUGGCCUAGAGGCUUUGAGAAUCCUCAACUCUCCGAGCACACUGGCAUGUUGGGGCUGCCAGUUAACUAUGAUCAUGAAGACAUGGAUCAGGGCGCGUUACAUCUGGAAUUCAUAAGAGCAAACGCUGACAGCAAUGGACGCAAAGAUCAACAAUAUUCCCCGCAGGAUUACCAUGAUCAUAUAUUGGAGCACAGCCAUAAUCCCAACAGCCCUAAUGGAAAUAAGCCCCUUCUUGAAUCAGUGGCUUUAUUUUUGUUUAACAGACUACCACAAACCAUGAAAAGGAUUCGCCAUGAAAUAACCAAGGGAACAGAUGAUGAGAAGAUGAUGAAAGCCGAGAUUUUAUUGUCCAAGCUGAAAAAUAUUUUUCGACGUAAUCAGCUCAAGAGAAAGCUAAUUAAGACGGCCAAUAAGCAUGCGGUGAAAGCGCAGAGAAUGGCCAAUCUCUACAUAGGAUAUAAGAAGUCUGCGUCCCUCCGAGAACAGAUUAAGCAGUUCGAAUAUAUAAAGGAAAGAGGCGGAGAGGGUUAUUUGGAAGUUAACCAUCAUUUAAGUGCGGUACCUAGAUACAUGGAUCGUGAGCUUUCAGGUGAGCGUCUGCUGGGUACAGGACUGUCGAACGGGAUUGGACCUGGUAAUGGAGUCAAACGUAAGCGCAUGGGUUCUGUAUGGCGUAAUCGUGACCCUUAUGGUUUUCAUAGCUCGUUGAGGAUAGUGAGUAAUGCUAGUAGUGAAUUUCAAGAAGAGUACGUCACGAAGGCGACUUAUCCUCCGCCCAAUUGGAUACAUACAGUAGAUGGCGGGGCUGAACAAAUGGCGGAAGAGUCGAUUCCAGAAGACAUAGAUUCAGACGAGAUAUAUUCAGAGACAUCUUCCGACCAGACAUCUCCAAUCGAUAUAUCUUCAGACGAGACAUCUCUCGAGACGAAAUCCGAUGAGUGGGUAACAGAGGAGGAUAAAACAAUGGAGGAUGAGACAAUGGAGGAUGAAACAAUGGAAGAUGAAACAAUGGAGGAUGAAAUAAUGGAAGAUGAAACAAUGGAGGAUGAAACAAUGGAGGUUGAAACAAUGGAGGUUGAACAAGAUGAGGUUGAGAACGGGGAUGAGUAG